AGUACAAUAGCAACUAUGUAUUUAGCUUGGUUUUUUGCUGUUUUAUUCGGGUGUGGGUCGUGGAUAGCUAUCAAUGGUAUAUGGUCGGAAUCGCCGGUUUUAUGGCCUCUCUCACCAGACUGCCUUCACUUGGCCUCUAUCACUACUGUCGUUGUCCAAUUGGCCAAUGUAGGACCAGUUAGUUACCUGCUUAUCUCUCGCUUCAUGUGCAAGGGAAGAGAACGUCAAGCACGAACGUUCACAAUAUGUGUGAUCUAUGUUUUGGGUGUGGCAGCUUGUGUUCAACUCUCGAUAUUGUGGGAUAGGACUAGCGUGUUAGGAGGACACCGGCACAGUACUGCUCUUAUUGUGUUGAUUUUUGUCUUGGGUUUGGUGGAUUGUACGUCAUCAGUUACAUUCCUGCCUUUUAUGGGACAAUACCCGAAAGAAUAUCUGAAUUGGCUCUAUGUGGGAGAAGGAUUAAGUUCUCUCAUUCCAAGUUGCAUUGCUCUUAUUCAAACUUCUGGUGUUGAUAAAGACAACGUUACACAUCCUAGUCAAUACAACUGUUCCCUUUCUACGGUGCCAACACGGUUUUCACCGAACACAUACUUUGGCUUCCUCACUGGUCUCGUUUUAGCCAGUGCUAUCGGCUUCCUUCUUCUAACCUAUUGUGGUAGGUCGGAGUCAUCUCCUGUAGAGUCUAAUGAUCAAGAGCAACUGCCUCAAACAGAAGAUGGACCAUUUCUUAUGAAUUGUUGUAGUUCGUCUACUGUGGAACAGAAUGAGAAAGAACAACUGAUUCAGACAGAUGGAGAUCACGCUGUAGAUAGCCCGGUGACAAGAGACAAUCUUCAGUCAUCACAACAACAAACUUUCUGGUCGCGAAAACUUGUUGUAUUGUUGAUUUUGGUGGCAUGGAUAAACUGUUUGUUCAAUGGCCUGAUUCCUUCCCUAUCCUCGUAUGCAUUUACUCCUUAUGGAUCAGCUGACAUCACUGUUAACGUCGGUAUGGUUGCUGGUACAUUAACAGCAUUUGCUUCUCUCGUACUGGCAUGGGAGGAUAGCACAGGCAAACCGGCUUUUGCCACAAUAGUAACAAUGGAAGUCAUAGCAACUAUUUUGGGUGGCUAUAUCAUAUGGAUAGCAUCACCAAUGUGUAACAGUGAUCGACCUCUGCUAGGAACCAAAGCAGGAACAGCACACAUGGUUCUUGUUAACUUUUUCGCAUCGGUGUCUGCAGUUUAUGCUAAAGUAGCAAUAGCACAAGGAGCAAAGAAGCUUGUUGGAGAGAAAGCUUUGCUAGCAUGUGGCAUAGCAACUCAGAUCGGCUCGUGUAUUGGAGCUUUCACAAUAUUCGGUUUCGUCACUACUGGCCAUUUCAAUCAACCAACAAACUGCUCACAUUUGCUAACUGUUUCAGUGAUUUGAUGUUCAUGGAACGUUAUGUGAUCAAUAGCAAUUACAGUUUAGAAUAUGAAAUUCUCUGUGUAUUCAAAUACAACAAUACUGGCAGGCCAUAUCUGCAAUUACAAUGGUACAUGGGCGUUAUCACUAGGAUCCAUUCAUCAGUAACUAUAGCUAGACUAGUAUGCUGAUAGAUUAUGUAGUCUGUUUGAUUAGCCGGUUUUUUCAUACAACAGCAACUGAGUUAGUUGAGAAAUAUUAGAACUUGAAAUUUUAAAUGAU